AUGUUUACAUUAGCGAACUGGUGCAGACAACGGUCACUCUGGGAUCAGGAAUGGAACAGUAUUGUCUUUAGUGACGAGUCUCGAUUUUGUUUAGGCAUGCACGAUGGUCGUGCCAGGGUUAGAAGGCGACGUGGUGAAAGGAGGAAUCCACAGCUUUUUGUUGAAAGACAUGUUCAUCACACUGUUGGAGUUAUGGUUUGGGGUGCUAUAGCUUAUGGUUCCAGGUCACCUUUAAUCUUCAUCAGAGGUAACAUGAACGCACAUCUUGACACCCUGGCAGAUCCGACUUUCCAACAAGGUAAUGCCCGACCACAUGUUGCAAGAGUCACAAUAGACUUCUUUCAACAUAAUGAUGUCACAUUGUUACCAUGGCCACCAACAUCUCCCGACUUAUCCCCAAUUGAGCACGUGUGGGAUAUGAUGGGUACGAGAUUGCUCAAUUUGAAACGUCCUCCUCAGACUCUAGAAGCACUUCGAGAGGAGUUGGUGGUUGCCUGGAAUGAGAUACCACAGGAAGACAUUGACCACCUGAUCAGAAGCAUGCCUAGGCGCGUUGGAGAAUGCGUAGCACAUCAGGAAGUGCAAGUAUCAAAAACUAAAGUGUGGCAAACGCUGCGUAAAGAGGGGUUGUAUCCGUUUCACGUCCAACGUGUACAAGCCCUUCAACCUGACGAUUUUCCAGCAAGAGUGCGGUUUUGUGAGUGGUUAUUGCAUCAACAUGACAAUAAUCCGGGCUUUUUGAAGUGCAUAUUGGUGAUAGACGAAUGUACGUUCACGCGUAAUGGGGUGAAUAACUUUCGCAACACUCAUGUUUGGUCAGUAGAAAAUCCGCACGCUGUCCGUCGGGCACAUUUUCAACAAACAUUUUCGGUGAAUGUUUGGGCUGGCAUGGUGAACGGUAUGCUCAGUGGACCAUUUAUUCUCCCAAAUCGAUUGGACGGGAUGCAAUACCUAGACUUGUUAGAAGAUGUGCCAUUAAGUGUAAGACAAUCAAUGUGGUUUCUGCAAUUGCUUUUACGAGUGAUGGAAGAAUGUUUGACAUCCGGCCAAGAUUGUAUGUUUCAGCAAGAUGGUGCAGCGUGCCAUACCUCAAAAAAGUCUAUAAAAUGGAUGGAAGAAAAUAAUGUACCACUUUUGAAAUGGGUUUCUAGCAGUCCAGAUCUGUCACCUAUCGAAACUUUGUGCCACGAGAUGAAAAAGGUUCUACGACAACAUCCUGCUCGUACAAUCACCGAACUGAGACAAAAGCUUCAAGAAAUAUGGGAUUGUUUUACACCAAAUUUUUGCCAAAACUUGUUUAACACUAUGCGCCAAAGAAUUUCAGCCGUAAUAAAAAAUAAAGGUGGUGUUACCCGAUGGUAA